GUCUGAAAUGGUGCAUUUUGGGCGUAUUUUAUUACCUGUCUUCUCUUAUAUUGAAAUAAAAAGUAAACUUAAGAUUUUCGGGAGGCGUGCUCCAGGUGUAGCUCUUAAAGCAAUGUUUGCAAUAUAAAAAAAUAUCAUAAACUUAAUUAACUUGCAUACUGUUAACAAUUGUAUUUGUUUAAUGCGUGAUUGUACCAAUAUAAUUAUAUUGUUCAGAGUUAUGGGCUCUGAAAUUUAAUUACUCAGUUUGGAUUUAAAUCACAAAUUCCCUAUUGAAGUAGGUCGUGGUCAUAAUAUUGAGGGAUUUCGUCGAACAUGUCACAUGUGUAGCAAUAAUCGUAAUAAUCGUUUAGGUGAUGAAUAUCAUUGCUUGUUUGAAUGUCACCAUUUAACAGAUAUUGGAAAGAAGAAUAUUAAAUUGUUUGGGAUUCCCGCACUGUUGAAUCUAUCUCAUUUACGGUAAAUUACCGUAUUAGUAGAUCAUCAUGAAAAUUGUUCGUAUAUGAUUAAUAUCCUUGUUUGUGCGUCUUCGUUUGUUUCUGUCCAUUUUUUCAUAUGGCUGAGUGACACUUAUUUCCCCAUAACGGCUGCCAAGUUAUUAUCUUAAGGGAAAGUCUCCAAGCAAUGUAAAGGAUUGUCUUAUUGUCACUGUUGAUUUAUUUUGUAAGAGAGUUGCUGAUUGAUUGUAUAUACUCAAUACAGAAUAGGAAAAGUGUGCGCUGUGUUUCUAUAUAACUUUAAUUUUAAGGUUGGAAAUUCUAGGAACUGGAAGUUAUUUAUUAUUUUUAGUGUAUAAUUCACAUAAUUCUUGUUUUACAGUAAUGAGAUAUUCAAUUUACAGUACUUAAUAAAUUUCCCUGCUGAAUAAGUUCUUUCUCUUUAAUUACCGGUAUUUUGAAAAUUAAAUUGUUGCAUCUUAAAAUUCAUAUUCAAAUUGUGUGAAUGAGUAUAUGAGAUGUGAUUGUAUCUUAGGAAUUGUAGUCUUCGGGCUUAUGCCUCUGCCAAUGUGAUUGCUGGACAUAGUUACUCAUAAUCAUUUAGAAGAGCACUGACAACCCAAAAUGAAAAAGGUAAAAAGACGCUCUAAAAGUGCUUCACCGAGACGACAGGGACAUCAAAACCAAAUGUUUUCCGAGAGAAGGAAGCUUGCCCUGGGCAGAGGGAAGAUCAAUGUUUGCAUCAUUAAAGGGGACCUUACCACAGAAAAGGUCGAUGUAGUGGUCUGUACAGCCAACAAAAACCUCGACCUUAGUAGAGGUCGUGCCUCCAAGGUCAUACUAGAGGCUGCAGGGGUUGACCUGAUUAAUGACGUGCAAUCCAAGUAUCCUAAUGGCAUAGACUAUGACACCAUUGCAGCUGUUAAUCCCGGUAAUCUGCCUUGCACGAAGGUAUACUUUGUGGCGCUACCAGUGGCUGGCACCGGCAAGGACGAAAAAAAGGUGUUGGAGACUGUCCUGACAAUGUGCCUUACAGAAGCAGAUAACCAUGGCAAAGCAUCAAUGUCGAUCCCAGCCUUAGGAACAGGAUUCCUGAAGUACCCGAACGAAAUGGUUGUCAAGACAACACUGCAGUGUAUAGAAAACUACAGCAACAAUCACCCAAGCACAAAGCUGAAAUACGUCAAUGUGGUGAUCUAUUACAAAGAUGAGGCUGUGUUUGAUGCUUUUGAGACUGAGGCCAGGAUUAGGUCCUCAGGAGGGGCUGCUGGGGCCAAACCCAAAAUUCGAGGCCCUUCCAGAGGGGCUGCUACUAUAGGCGUCAGGUCCAUCAUGAAGGGUAUUAACGUUGAAGGCCCUCAUAGAGUUGGUUGCCUUGGAAACACAAGUGUUAGAAUAGUCCCUGGUAAAUUGGCUCAGUUUAAGGCUGAUGUCCUUGUAAAUAAUACAAAGGCUGACUUGAAGCUUGCCAACGGGGCUUUGAGUGAGUCGCUACUGGAGGCUGCAGGGACUAAACUGCAGGAUGAGUGUGAUGAAAGUUACCCUAACGGAGUGAGGCAGGGGGACGUAGCAGUUACUGAAGGUUACAAACUAGACUGUAAGAUCUACCAUGGUAAUCUGCCCAAGUGGGACAAGAAAAACUACAGUGCUAAAAGGAUUCUGUGCAGAUUUGUUUGCAACUGUUUAGAGGAGGCCAAUGCUGACCAGACGGUCACCUCUAUAGCAUUCCCAGCACUGGGAACAGGAUCGUUGAAUUUCCCAGCAGAUGUCAGUGCCAACAUCAUGUUGAAAUGUAUCUCCAAAUUCAUUACAAGUCAUAAUGACAGCAGAUUAUCCAAAAUCAGUAUUGUUGUUUACAACCAGGGAAAAGAUUGGCAGAAAGUGCAAGCGGCAUUCGAUGAUGAGCUGAAGGCAGUCCUUAAAGCAGAGAAUGAAGAAGAGGAUGAUGACGACAAUGCCGAAAUGACUUUACCAUUUAAAAUGUUGGAAAUGGCUGCCAAGAAUUCCAUGGAUAGAGCAAAUGCCCCUCCUCGUGGUGUAGACCAUUGGUUCAAGUUUAUGUGCAAAGCCCAGCCCCGAACCCCGUCCUACUGGUCACAUUUCCAUGAUCGACAAACGCUUAUUGACUGGGCCUUAGAUACAAGGGUUGGCAGCCAGAAAGCACAUAUUAUAGAUGUAGACACAUCUACAUUCCAUGCCAUAGAUAAACUAGUCCAGGACACUUGGGUCAGAGACCAUGUUGGUCAGGGACGUGAUGCUCACGGACUCGGAAACCUUAAUUACGACUCGAUCCAGGUGACCAAAAUUGCACGAAUAGAAAACUAUGAAUUGUUCACACAAUACUAUCACAAACGCAUAGAGUUAUUUAAGAAAGGUAUAAAGAAAGGUGCUUUUAAAGCUCUCGAGAAUCUUAAAGGAUCUAGCGCUAAACUGAUGACCACUGCGAGAAUAGCAAGCAGUACAGUAUUGGCAAAGGACAUUUAUUCUGAGAUAAAUGAGCACUAUGUGUUUCACGGGACGUCUGUAGCCAAUCAGAUAGUACAGCAGGGUCUGGACUCAAGACUGGCGGGAGCACAAGCCAUGUUCGGGCAAGGCGUCUAUUGUGCUGAAAGCUCUACAAAGGCUGAUCAAUAUGCAGAUCCCAGAGAUAAAAGAACACUUAACAACUUGAAUAUGCUACUCUGUCGCGUCUGUCUCGGGGAAAUGUAUGUGACAUCGACGCCGUAUACAUUUGCGAGGGCACCCUGUAAGGAAUGUUCCAAAGACAAGUGCUCGUGUACAGAUAACGAUUUUUACGAUUCUGUGGUCGCUGACGGUCAAUGGAAUUUUCGCGAGUUUGUUGCGUAUGACAGACAACAAGUGUACCCAGAAUAUCUUAUCACAUACAAUCGCAAAAAGUGAAGAGCAAUCUUGCAGAAUUACUCUUAGAUAGGUGUUGUUUUUUAUCAUAAUCAGCUUCAAAACAUUGACUGAAUUAUGUGUUCUUACGUGAGAAAGAGGUUGAGGGACUGUAUGACCUUUUCAAGCAUAGGAAGUUAGAAACCAACCAAUGGGCCAGCUGUUCAGCACUUUGUUAAAGUUAACAACAUGAUUAACAACAUCGUUGUUAACUUUUAAAGCUGCACUUUCACAGAUUUACUGUUUAUACAACUUUUUUAUUUUUUUGUCUUGGAAAGAUCAAUUUUUGCGUAAAUAUCUGCAAACCAAUGAUAAUAUAUUGUUGACAAAAUAUCAGAUCAUAGAUUUUCAUAUUUCCGUUCGAAAAUUAAUAUUUUAUGGCUUUAACCGUUACUAAUGGUUUAAGAAAAAUGAUUAAAACAUUAAUUUUUGAACUUAAAUAUAAAAAUCUGCAGUCUUAUUUUUUGUCAGCAGUCUUAUAUCAAUAGUUUCCAUGGACUUUUGCAAAAAUUGGCUCGUUCCAAGACAAAAAAUAGUAAAGUUGUCAAAACAUUCAAUCUGUGAAAGUGAAGCUUUAAAGGUUAACUAUUUCAUAAGCGCUCAACAAGUUAAAUAAAUUGAGUUCAGCUGAAACAGUUGUCUGAAAUCUUGUAAGAAAUACUGCAAAUCACAAGUAAAUCCAUGAAACUUUCUGAGCAGUGAAUAUAUGAAAGUUAAUGACGAUAACGUUAACAACGCUGUUAGUUUUAACAAAAGUUCUGAGCUAUCGGCCCAUUAUGUACUACUUUUUAAUUAAAUUAUUAAUUAACAUACAUGUAAAUGUUAGGUUAUGGUUGGCUUGAGGCUUACCGUGGAUGAUUUUUAUUUCUGAGACCUGUUGCAGUAAAGGAUUGUAUGUUAUAAUAGUCAUGCCGAUCUAAAGAGGAAUAGAAAAAAUGUAACACAUCUAAAAAAACGUUAUUUAAUCAAGUACUUUUUGACUUUAUUUUAUUGAUCACUCAUUUGACAGGCUUUGCAAGUUGUUGUUUUUUCCAGAAAACCAGGGGAUUUUGCCCUCUACAAGGGGGAUUUUUAUAAAGCAUUAUUAAUAAAAAAAUAAAAAAAAUUGCUUUGAAGUGGGGAUUUUGUUUUAACUAAAAUGCAUUGUAUUGAGUAUAAAUGUUGUAAGGAAUAUAAUAUAUACCAAAAUAUAAACAGUUGUUUUGGCUCCAUAUCACAGGGACCAGAAAAAAACUUCAAGCCUUGGGAAUAUUGAGCCAAGCUUAUAUAGAGUAAAUGAAAAUCAAUCCUUUACAUCAAGUUCGAGGCAACAAGAAAUUCGAGCCAAGUGAUAUCGAGCAAACUGGUAUCGACUAGAACUGAAGAAAUCUGGGGGAUAUUCAUCCCCUGCCCAGUAGAACGCGGAAAUUUUAAAAAUCCUGUUUUUUUGUUUUUAUUUAUCCCCCUCCCCACCCAGUCAGAGAAUUUGGCAUGUAAGACAGCUGGUGUGUUUGUUUCACAUUGUUAUUAGUAUAUGUUUUACAUUUCUUUUAUCAAAUAUUCUGGUAAUAUUUCAGCUGUUUAGACUUCUAGAUUCAGAUUAAAGAAAACUGUGUUAUCAUUGUGUGGUCAUGAAGUUCUCUUAACCUAAUACUUUAUUUAAUUUCUUGAAUUUUAUUUUUUAUAUACAACCAAAGUUAUACUAAAGUUUUAAGAGUAAAAAACCCAAAUCACACACUCCUAUAUGCAUAUAAGGAGACCCUUAAAGCUGCUCUCUCUGAUUGACCGUUUUGACAACUUUUUGUGUGUGUGUGUUUUGGAAUGAGCCAAUUUUUGUGUAAAUGUCUGAAAAACAGUGAUACAAGACUGCUGGCAAAAGAUCAGAUCGCAGUUGUCCAUAUUUAUGGUUGAAAAUUUAAAUGUAUGGCUAAAGGCGUUACAAACACUUUCAAGAAAAAUGAGUUUUUCGGCAGUUUACCAAAUGAUAAGAUCUGUUUUAUUGUGAAUCAUCUUAUAUGACUGAAUUGAAGGCAUUGAUACCAAAAUCAGCUGAUUUCGUAACAAAAAAAACGAAACUGUCAAGUUGUUGGAGUGUAACUUAGAGGUUUUAAAGGAUUCAACAGUUAUACGAAGUUUUAUUUCUAUUACAUUAAAACAUACACCUUCGAGUAAGUGCCAGAAGGAGCCUAAACCUUCUAUGUUGUAAAUCGCUUUGUUGCCUUCGGGCGUUAAUGCUUCACUCUCACAAAUUUGAUAGUUUUAACCAUUUUUAAUUUUUUGGUCUCAGAAUCAGCUCAUUUUGGCAUCAGUACCUUCAAUUUAGUCAUAUAAGAUAACUUACACAGAUCGUAAUUAUUUGGUAAACUGCAGAAAACUUCAUUUUCCAGCAGUAGUAAUUCUUUUAGCCUCAAAACUUUCGAACGUACAUAGGAAAAGCUGCGAUAUUAUAUUGUUUAAUAUAUUAUUAUAACACUGUUUUCCAUACAUUUACGCCAUAAUUGUUUCAUUCCUAGACGAAAAAUGAAAUAGUUGUCAUAACAAUCAAUCUGUGAGAUUGCAGCUUUAACCACAUGAUAUAUAAUUUUGUACCUUUACCUCUGCCAGAAAUAUUUUACAUAAUAUGUAUUAUAUAAAUACCUUAAAUAGAGUCUGCUUUUAUGUUUUUUAAUGUAUUUAAUAUUGUGAAUAAAACUACUACACA